UAACAACUUUAUUUGCAAUCAAAGGGUGCUGCCAGGGAAGAACUGGAUCCUCAUAUAACUCGGUUGAACAGCCCGUAGUUCAAAUCUUAUUAAUACACUCUUCGAAGACUGUGUGUGACAGAGUUGAUUCAAUGUUGCAGUGAUCCUAGUGUUUAAAGAUGGACAACGCACAUAUAGUUCGUUGUAUUUUCAUCGUGCUUGCAGCAUUAGCCUAUGCUACCAACCUCUUCAUCAGUCAGAUGUCAGAUCCCAAAAGACGGCCUCCGUCUUUGCAGUUCAUUUACGGCACAAGCAACAAAACCGGUGGUGGGAUUUCAAGGAUGUAUCCAACUGACGUGAAGCCAGCGAGUUGGGCUUUUUCAAUCUGGCCUGUAAUUUAUACCUGGCAGUGUUUGUGGAUCCUAUAUUCACUGACGUUUAUCGUACGUAAAUCGUUACCACCCGUCCAGAACUGGUUGUUCUUUGUACUCUUCACUUUAAGCUCAGUUUCAGUGACAUCUUCGGUUCUUCUGCGCCAUCGUUUUCUGAUAGAAGCUCAAGUGGUUACAAAUUGCCUACUUUAUAUCUUCCUAUGCGCGACUCUUGGAACAAGUUUCUACCGCUUUGACAGGAUAGUCAACAAACACUUCCCAAAGUUCGACUUCUGGGCCAUACAGGUUCUUAUCCAUAAUGGACUUGGCUUGUACUGCUCGUGGGUAGCUGUCGCAUCACUCUUGGGAAUCAACAAAGCACUUAUCUACGUACACGGCUUUGCUAAACCUACGGCUGGGUCGAUCAUCCUUGGAAUCCUCGCUGUUGAGCUGAUCGUAUGGUUCAUUGUCGAGAACACUGUCUUUGAACGUGUUGCCAGAUAUACCGUGACGAUUUAUCCAGCUUGCAUCGUCGCCCUGUCCGGGCUCGUAGCAAAGAACAGAUCAAGCAAGCAGAAUUACGUCUUCGCGAUAGUGUUAUUGUGCCUUGUCGUAGUGAUGUUUAUAGCGAGAUUGGUGUUGGUCGCGAGGAGAAUAUUCUUGAUUCAUAGAACGAGUCGAUCAGAUGACAUGGAGUUUAUCGCUGUGGCUUGUGAAGGAGCUCAGAACUAUGAAAUGUGAACGCUUUAAGAAUAUAUUCAGCUAUUUGUAUAUUUCCAUUGAAUAAUCUUUUAUCUAAAAUUGUAGAAACUGUAUUUCAACAAUUGUAUGUGUGUACGUAAGGUCAUCUUAAGUAAUUAUUAUUAUUAUUAUCAUUAUUAUUAUUAUCAUUAUUAUUAUUAUUAUUAUUAUUAUUAUCAUUAUAUUCAAUAAGUCAGUACAAGGGCACUAGGAACCGAAUGUGGUUGGAUUUCUAUAGGUUUUUUUUCCUUUCGAUUAUUGGAAUUAAAUUAACGUCAUACUUGUUUACUUA